CACAGCUGUGGGGCAGUCUGUCCUGGCUUUUUAAGUGCUCCCCAAAGAAAACAAGGGAACCCAGACUCAGACCAUGGAAAGGAAACACACCAUUGACUUCAAGGCUUUAGAGAAAGAGCUGCAGGCUGCACUUGCUGCUGAUGAGAAGUACAAACGGGAGAAUGCUGCCAAGUUCCGGGCAGUGGAACAGAGGGUGGCUUCCUACGAGGAGUUCAGGGGAAUUGUCCUUGCAUCACAUCUGAAGCCACUGGAGCGGAAGGACAAGAUAGGAGGAACAAUGGCUGUGCCCUGGAAUUGUUACAGUACUCAGGGAAAGACCUCCCAGGAUGAGAUGACUGAAAUCUCCCAGGUAGAAAACCCUCCUCCAGCCUGAGACCUCAGCAGAGUUCUACCGUGACUGGCGACGACAUUUGCGGAGUGGACCAGAGCGCUACCAGGCCCUGGUACAACUCGGGGGUC